AUGGCGCGGACACCGACCAAGUAUAACCCACCGCGCAAGUCUGGUCCUCCACUGGGACACCGCCGCACGCGGUCGGCCAGCUCGUCGCCUCAACACCAUUCAUCGCCAAUCCGGAGGUCAAGACCACCUCAUCAUGCAUUGCCCAAUCCAGGCAGGUCACCGCGGACUUCUCCUAGACAUCGGACGCCUCCAAGACCGCGCCUCCCCAGGAACGCGCCAACCCCAGAAGAACAGCUACAAAGCGAGUUGGAUGCCUCUCUCUCUACGCCAGAUUUGAGGCAGCCAGGGCCUCCACUCGGUCGUCAAUUGUUCCCUCAAGCGCCUCAAGCAGAGGAGAACGAGGAUGAAGACGCUAACGCCAGUGUCCGCACUCCUUACGAUCGUUCGCCGUCUUAUGAGGACACUCGAAUCACAGCACAUGGUGCCUACGAACGUGACCCCAACGGACCAUACCCUAACGAUCCGCCUUCACCACCACCAAGACGAAGGAGCUUUUCUCCUCCGGAAUCCGUACCGUCGCCACAUUGUACAGGAUCACAAGCACUCACAGAACCCCCUCUGCCAGAGCAAAGCCCCGAAGAGAGGGUCGCGGACCUGGAGCGGGUGACAGAAGAACAAGACGAAGAGAUCACACGCCUUGAAAGCGAGGUUCUUGAACUGCGAGAUGAGAGAGACGAGUACUUGGCCAAUUGGGCUGAAAGCAACGAAGAGAAUGCUCGGCUCUGGGCGUGGUUGGAGAAUAUAGAUACAGAACCUUCUGUCUCUGAGGAAAAACGAUCCAAUUCUGAAGAGGAACAAUCUGGCCCUGACUGGCGCAUCGCAGAAUUGGGGGCGGAGUUAGCCAGGCUUCGGGGGCAACAUGAUCGAGACAUAGACGCGAUGCGAGACGAGCUCCAGAGGGCUCAUGAGGCGAUAGAUGAGGCACACGCCCAAAACGCCCGGCAGCGCGGAGAAAUCGUUCACUUGAACGAACGAGUGGGCACGGCCCGCGAACAGCUAAACGAGCUCAACCGUGCAAACGACGGCCUACGGGAGCAACUGGAUGGGAGCGCGGCUGUCAAUAGGAACCUUCAGCGCCAUCUUACCGAGAGAGCGAACGAAAGAGACAACAUCGAAUAUGAAAGGCAACAAGCUGUAGGUCAGCUGCGGGAGGCUGACGCGGAAAUAGAGCGCCUGGAAGAUAGAGUUGCUGAGCUCGAAGGUGCAGCAGAUGGUGUCGUGGCCGAAGACCAACUGCAGGAGAAUCCUGUGCAGACUGAUAGAGUGUUGAGACGAGAGCAUGCCUUACUGCAAGGUUUACUUGAAGCGGCUGAUGCGGAUAAUGCACAAUUGUACGCACAGAACGAGCAAUUGACGCAGCAGAACACGGAUCUGACGCAGCAGAACACAGAUUUGACCGCAGAGAAUACACAGUUGCGGCGCGAUCUGGAAUUGUCCGAGCAAGAACGCGAAGAGUUACGAGAGGUUCGGGAGGAAUUCCAGGAUGAGGUCGAUAAUUUAAACCAGGUGAUUGCAGACGAUCAUGAGGAACUCGCCCAGCUGCGCGUGCAGAACACCGAUGUGAUGCAGGUAGUGCAAACCCGGGGCGACACGAUCCAAACGCAAGCAACUGCCAUUGAAAACCUUGAAAACCAGUUGCAAGACGAACGGAAUGCGGCUCAGGUCCUGCUCGCUGAAAGGACGCAGGAGAGGGACACGGCGGAAAUGGCGAGGAUCAAUACCCAGGCGCAGUUGAACGAGGCUCAAAACGCCCUGGCUCUUACGCGAGCGAGGCUGGAGUGGUUGGAGGCUGGGGGCGAGGGUGAUCCUCCUCCUCUGCCGGAAGUUGAGCAACCGGCUCCAGGUGGUGAAAACGAUGGCGAUGGGGAUCAAGACCCACCGGAAGAAAACCCAGAGCCUGCGCAGGACGAUGACGGGGUGGACGAUGGCAAUGCUCCUGCGGCUCGUCCACGGCGUCGACCUCCCAGGGCUUUCGUGGAAUUUCCACGCUUGGCACCUGAAGACAUCGCCGGAUACGCGCCCGGGCAUGGACCAGGACCACCGUCGCCGGGAGGAGAUCAGAAUUCACCCGAUCGUUGGAGCAGCGCUGAAUACCAACCCUCUCCUCGAGCAAGACGCGGACGAGGAAGAGGUCGAGGUCGCGGUCGUGGCGGAGGAGAUUCAGGUGCAGGCGCGACUGGUGGAGCAGGAGUCGCGAAGAGACCAAGAGGGCGGCCUCGAGGGCGCAAGAAUAAGAGAGGAAGGGGAGGCAGGGGAGGCGGAGGCGCAGGCGCAGCGGCUUGA